CCGCUGCUGGUGGUGCUACCCCAGACAGCCAGUAGGGCUCGCACCCUGAGCGCGACAGCACGUGUAUGCGCGCGCUCGUCCCAAACAAACUAGCACUAGAGGGCACCAUCCCCUCAAGCUAUGAGAGCGCAACAUGCGGUUGUAAGCCUCAUUAUUGAUGGUGGUGAGCGUGUGGAGGACAUUACGGAGAGUGAGAGAGAGGGCGAGCAGAGAGGCUUGGCUCACCUGUAGAGCCUGCUUCACCUGGCACAAGCAGGCAGGGGCUCCCCUCACGCCCCAGGGUGUCCCCUCAGUGGGCAGGGGGUGGGACUAUAGUGUGAUAUACACCACAGUAUCUGGCCCCAGUAACAAUGUGGACAUGAACACUCACUUAAAUGUAAGCUGGAAGUUAAAGGUGAGAGCAGGCGAAGGAUGGCGUGGUUGUCUCUCCCGGCUACACCUGGGUCUCCAUACACAGAAGUAGGAGGGCGUGCAGCAGGAGACGAAGAUGUACUCUGGGGCGCUGAUGUCGGCCAAGCUGCGGCAGGCUGCGCAAGCCGCUGCAGCUUCGGCCAGUCAGCGCAGCGAAACCCUGAGACCUCGACGGUCGCAGGCCAAGCGGCAGUGGAGCAUCCAGGCGGUCAAGGGCAAGGUCACCACCAGCUGCUUGUGGAACGCCUGUAAGGCCCUCACCAUCGGCGUCCUCCUCAUCUUCAUUGGUGCCGGCAUGGCCACCGUCGGUUACUACGCCGAGGAGGAGGAGCUGAGGCGGCAGUCGUGGAACGGCAGCGGCAGCAGCUCAGCGAUGGUGGUGAACAUGUCGUCGUACACCCUGCCGCUGCCUCCGCACGUCCCCGGCAGGCAGCGACCUACGCCGGCACACGGCCACCGGGACUCCUCCUCCUCCGACACCAGCACCAACAACACCACCACCACCAUCAUCACCAGCAACAACACCCUCUUCAACAACGACACCACCAGCAGGCCCUCCAUGGGCAAGGUCUUCCCUCCUGAUGGAGGUUUUGGCCUCAACAAGCUCUCCUAUGUGGGACCCAUCGUCAUGGGCUUCGGAGGGUUCGUCAUUGUGGCUGCCUGUGUGAUGACCUUUGAAGCCCGCGACAGUGCGGCAAAGAUCGUGCCAGCCAGGUUCCGCAAGACGUUUCCGGAGCGGAAGGGCAACGACGAGGACGCCAGCGUGCGACACUCGUCGUGUCAGACCAAGUGGGAAACGCUGGGACUCUACGGGUCAGAGCUGAUGCGGCAGCAGAAUGGCCGCGAACUUUCUCGUCGUGCGAUGACCUUUGCUUUCAUACAGUUCUCCAAGAACCUACAGACCAGCUUGGACUCAGCCGCCGAGUACUACGACUCCCGCGGCUCGCGCCCUCAACUGGUUAAGUGUCCGUCUGCGCCGUCCCUCGUACGUCCCUUCCAGCAGGGGGAGCGGAGAGUGAACGAGCCGCCUCGGGUGUUGAAGGUGGCGGCGCGGCCCACCAACCCACCACAAAGCCCACGCGGGCGCCUCACCCCCAACAGUCUCCCUCGCCAGGCCAUGUCCGUUGACAACCCGGCCGUGCGGGACGUCUACAACACUGUCUACUCCGCUUUCAUCGGUGAGCGCGGUGAUGAAGACUUAGAGUUGGGUGCCUCAGCCACGGGAGUGCACCAUGCUGGCAGUGAAGCGUCUCUGGCCAUGGACCUUCACCUGCCGCAAUGCUCAGUAACUCUGGCCGUCCGUGAUCAGAGCCGCUCACCCAGUAACACGCGUACAGACUUCGACGAACCCUCGGCCUCCAGCCCACUGCUCGAGCGAGACCUUGAAGUCGCUGGUCCUUCAGGUCUGUCCUGCAUUAAGGUGGACAAACAGACCUCCACGUCUGAUCACCUGGCGCUCAACUUGUUAGAAAUAUCACAGGAAAGCUGGGAGUCUCGAGACGUAACUGGAAUAUCCAGUCGUGCCACCAGUGGCGGUUCUUUCCGCGAGCCUCGACGGCCCCGAGCUUCACGCCGCGUUCGUCGCAGUGAGACCAUUGACACUGCUACAGCUGCCGUCAAGCGUUCACAGCAACGCCACUACUCCCAGUCCUCCGGCAGGCAUGGAUCUGUGCGCAGUGGAUCAAGUCGGAGUGCAGCAGCUGAAGCACGGAGACUGCAGAAUACACGAAGCGAGACGGCACGGCGUCAUCAGUUCCUCCGUCAACCAAAGAUAGAAAACGGAGAGUCCAACGAAGAGAACGUUACACGGGAACACUUCGAUGUUUAGGCCAGCUUCUUGAUCAUUGAUAGUUCCCAGAUGAGGUCAAGCACAAUGCCUUGAGGUGUGAAGGCAUCCCUACUUAAUUUAUUAAAGCGUAAAUACACACAUUAUUAAAGCGUAAAUACAUAUAUAUAUGUGCGCAACAAUGAUCACAAACACACCUCUCCAAGUAUGCGGAAAAACCACAUGUGAAGAAUUAGAGAAUGCUGAACGCCAUUUCGGCUCAAUUCGCCUUCAUCAGAGCAAAAUAGAAAGUGAGACUCACUCGACAACUCUCUCUCUUUCUCUCUCAUAUAAUAGAGAGUAUAUAUAAUGUGUGCGAGUAAAAGUUAACUGGUCCCCAAGACUAUACAUACCUCUCUUUGGAAAAUAGAGAACGUCUUGGGCAGCUCUAUUUUGGCAAGUGUUUACAUGGGAGUACUAGAGAGAGCGGGCGUCGUAAUGCAGGCCUCGGGGUCAACACAUUAUAUGGAGCCCAUUCCAAAUAUAAUGAAUGUGUAAAGACAUGCAAGGCCACGUUAUAACAUCUUAACGCAAGACAAUACAUUCUCUAGGAAUACUGAAUAAGGUAUUGCAAAUUAUAGAAAGCUUUUAUAAUCCUUAAUAAGGCCAAAAACUGUAUUAAUGAGGUUUUCUAUUCAUUGAAAGAUCUCCAACAUUUGGUCCUUUACCUGGGCGGUCGUGUGUUCUUGAAGGCUUCCAAACCCACCACUUUGUUGAUACUAUACACGUGUCCUCUGUAUAUUAUGAGAUACACAAAUAGCCAUGGUGCGCUAUUUAGUUCUUUGUACUAAAUUCAGGACAAUAAUGUAAACAAUAUAGAAUCAGGGAUAAUGCAUUUAUGUAUUUUACACCACACACGCAAUGUAAUAAUAUUAUAACAUGAUAUACAAGGUGACUGGACGUUACUAUCCAUAAUGACAUGACAUUCAGCAGUGAGGAGUAGCCUCGCCAGUUUAAGCUCUCACAUUUCAGACUGAGAAAUAUGGUCUCUACGUUAUUAAAGAUGCCAAAUAGUUAUCA